AUGGCAGGGCAUGAAGAAGAACAUGAGGGAGCCUCGGUCAAAGAGCUCCUCAUCGAGGCAUGCAGACAGAACAACACAGACCUGUUGACGGAGUGCCUCGAGGCGAAGGGUGACGACGAGAUCGCGCGCCUUCUCAACGAGACGACCACCGUAAUGGGCAACCACCUCUACCACGAGGCAGCAUCAAGAGGAAACUACGAGAUCAUCGACCUCCUCCUCGACCAGCCCAACUUCGAGUGCGACCCGACCAACCGGCUCGAGGGCGACACGCCCCUCCACAGCGCGAUCCGGUGGCUCAACUCGGAGCCCGAGGCGCAGCGCGAGUUCGGUUCCGCCCUGGUCGACAUGAUGCUCGAGGCGGGCUCGUCGACGCGCGCCCGCAACAAGGGGGGCCUCACCCCUUACCAGCUCGUCGACCCGCGCAACGCCGCCCUGCGAGACCUCAUCCAGCGCCACGAGUACGCCACCCUCAACGCCGGUGACUUUGUCGAGGCGCCUGCUGCUGGGGAUGGGAAGGCGGUGGGGUCGGAGGCCGAGCAGCGGGAUGGCGGCUUCGGUGGCGGCGGCGAUGAUGAUGAGAGCGACGAGGAUGCAGAGUUUAGCGGGAGCGAUGACGAGGAGCGGGCAGAGUGGGAGAGGAGACGGCGGGAGAGGAGGGCGAAGAAGGGUUGA